ACAACCCAUAUUCACUCCCAGGGGCAGCGUGUUCUUUGUUCCUACGCUCCACGCCGCAACCUACCUACCCUAACCAUUCCGAUAAGGCCGACGAUACCUCCGAACACACCCUCUCCUCCACCAUGGCGGUCAAGGCAGUUGUCCCCUUUCUCGUAGCUAUGAUGCUACUAACGGGAGUGUGCAAUACACUGCUGACAAAGUAUCAAGACAUGCAAUGCAUCAAGAACUGCGACUCUCCCUCCAAGAAAUACCGCGAACACUUCGAGCAGCCCGUGCUCCAGACACUCCAAAUGUUCAUCGGUGAAAUGGGCUGCUGGCUCGUCAUCGGCGCUUUCUCCGCCUACCAACGCUACGUUUCACGCAAAGCAGGUUACGAAGCUAUUCCGAACGCAGUCGACGAGGGCACUGUCACACCGGCGCUGUCAGAAGAGAGCGAGACAGGCGAUGUUGCGAAUCCGCUAAAGCCUGCGCAUCCGGAUGACGAGGGAAGGAUACCGUUGACGGGUACGAAUGUGCUGUUGCUUGCGCUGCCCGCGUGUUGCGACAUUGCCGGAACAACGCUUAUGAAUGUCGGACUGCUGUUUGUGGCCGCAAGUAUCUACCAGAUGACGAGAGGUGCGCUGGUGCUCUUUGUUGGGCUGUUCAGCGUUAUCUUCUUGAAGCGACACCUCGGCCUCUACAAGUGGUUCUCUCUGUUCGUCGUAGUCUUCGGCGUUGCAAUCGUUGGACUGGCGGGCGCGAUUACCAGGGACGACAAGGCUACGCCAUCGCAUCAGGCCCUUGCACAGACAGGAGUUGAUACGCUUGGAGAAGACGUGGACACGAAGGCGGUGUCUCAGGCUGUCAUGACCGUCAUUGGCGUCUUGCUGAUCGCUGGAGCUCAGAUCUUCACGGCCACACAGUUUGUGCUUGAGGAGCGCAUUAUGGAGAAGUACUCCAUGGAGCCCAUCAGGGUUGUCGGUUGGGAGGGCAUCUUUGGUUUCCUGGUCACGGUGCUCGUUAUGGUAAUUCUCCACUUCGCGAUUGGGACUGGGUACUUCAACGCGAGGGAGGGGCUCUACCAGAUGACACACUUCCCUGCCAUCGCCAUCAGCUCCAUUCUUAUUAUGAUCAGUAUCGGUGGCUUCAACUUUUUCGGUCUCAGCGUAACCCGCACCGUCUCCGCUACCUCUCGCUCCACCAUCGACACCUGUCGUACCCUGUUUAUCUGGAUCGUCUCCCUCGGCCUUGGAUGGGAGACCUUCAAGUGGCUCCAGGUCGCCGGCUUUGCGCUGCUUGUGUACGGCACGUUCCUUUUCAACGACCUUGUGCGACCGCCACUAAAGGCCUGCUACGAGAGGCAUCAUGAACAGCUACUACCCGAAGAGCCCAUUGAGCAUAUCUAGAGAAAGAGCCAGGUAUAGCUUACUGUAUAUAUCGCGCAUAAGAUUUCGAUCCAAGCAUGAGGAUUUCGGGUGUCUGGCGCACGAGGCUCAGCAUUGGAGGUUGUCUGAUAUAGCACAUUUUCUAGAGCGGUUUUGAUCUUGUUCGCAAUUGCAUAGAGCGUUACUUAUCUUCCGUUAUCAUGCCUUUACUCUUGCUUAUGAUGCUUGAAUGGAUGCUAUACCGGCUGCUAUCCUCGGCAUACGAUUCGGCGGCUUGGAGGCGUGACCUU